AUGGCCAAGCGACGCAGGAUCCAGGGCAAGGCUGUCAGGCCCAAGAGGCCGCCGAGUGCGGCGAGCAAGGCGCCGCCCAAGAACAAACCACCUCGCAAGCAGCGCAAGCAGCAGCAGCCGCAGCAGCAACCCACUAUACCCUUUGAGCCCGCGGACCGCAUCCUCCUCAUUGGCGAGGGCGACUUGAGCUUUGCCGCCUCGGCCAUCAAGCAUCACGGCUGUGUCAACGUGACGGCCACCGUCUUGGAAAAGGAUCACGCCGAGCUCGUGCAAAAGUACCCCGGCGUCGACGCCAACAUUGCCGUCGUCCUCGGCGACGACGGUAAGGGGGAUGAGGACGGCACAAACAACAAGCUCCUCUACAACGUUGACGCCGCCAAGUUGCCCCCCUCGCUCUCCCGCCCCCCGCUGCACGACCACAUCAUCUUCAACUUCCCCCACGUCGGCGGCAAGUCCACCGACGUCAACCGCCAGGUCCGCCACAACCAGUCGCUCCUCGUCGCCUUCUUCGCCAGCGCGCUGCCCGCCCUCGCCCCGCGCGGCUCCAUCGUCGUCACCCUCUUCGACGGCGAACCCUACACCCUGUGGAACGUCCGCGACCUCGCCCGCCACGCCGGCCUCGCCGUCGAGCGCAGCUUCGCCUUCCACGCCGCCGCGUACCCGGGCUACCGCCACGCUCGCACCGGCGGCGUCGUCACGAAUCGCAGGGGCGAGGCCGGCGGCGGCUGGAGGGGCGAGCAUAGACCCGCCCGGAGCUACGUCUUUCGGCGCAAGGGCGAGGUCGAGGCGCAGCCCGCGGCCAAGAAGAGGAGGAGGAGGGGCCAGGACGAUGAUUCCUCCGACGAGGAUGAGGAUGACUGA